CUUCCCUCCUGUUUAUCGCCCCCUAAAUGUUUUUCCCGUGAUGCUCCGCGUGGUCGAGCAGCAAGAUGGCGGACGCUCUGGAUGAAUUUAAGAAAGAAACUGGAUGCGUCCCGAUCCUCCAUCCCGAGGAAAUUAAACCCCAGAGUCACUAUAACCAUGACUACAGCGAGAGCGUCAGCCGCAAGAGCCACGUGGACGACUACAGCACUUGGGACAUCGUCAAAGCCACCCAGUAUGGGAUAUUCGAGCGAUGUCGUGAGCUGGUGGAGGCUGGAUAUGACGUACGUCAGCCGGAUAAAGAAAAUGUCACACUCCUGCACUGGGCGGCAAUCAACAACCGCAUAGACCUGGUCAAGUACUACAUAUCUAAAGGUGCCAUAGUCGACCAGCUGGGAGGAGAUCUCAACUCUACACCGCUGCACUGGGCUACAAGACAGGGCCAUCUCUCCAUGGUGGUGCAGUUAAUGAAAUACGGUGCUGAUCCGUCUCUCAUCGAUGGUGAGGGAUGCAGUUGUGUGCAUCUUGCCACUCAGUUCGGACACACCUCAAUUGUGGCGUAUCUCAUUGCCAAGGGCCAGGAUGUGGAUAUGAUGGAUCAGAAUGGCAUGACCCCUUUGAUGUGGGCGGCUUAUCGGAUGCAUAGCGUUGACCCGACACGGCUGUUGCUGACGUUUAACGUGUCAGUGAAUCUGGGUGAUAAAUACCAUAAGAACACGGCUCUGCACUGGGCGGUUCUGGCCGGAAACACUACAGUCAUCAGCCUGCUGUUGGAGGCUAACGCUAAUGUCGACGCACAAAACAUCAAGGGGGAGACGCCGCUGGAUUUGGCCAAACAGAGGAAAAAUGUGUGGAUGAUAAAUCAUCUGCAGGAGGCCAGACAGGCCAAAGGUUACGACAGCCCCUCGUACCUCAAACGGCUCAAAAUGGACAAGGAGUUCAGGCAGAAGGUGAUGUUGGGAACUCCGUUCCUGGUGAUUUGGCUGGUGGGAUUCAUCGCCGAUCUGGACAUUGACUCCUGGCUCAUCAAGGGUGUGAUGUAUGCAGCGGUGUGGCUCGUCGUGCAGUUUCUGUCCAAGUCUUUCUUUGAUCACUCCAUGCAUAGCGCUCUUCCUCUGGGCAUCUAUCUGGCCACUAAGUUUUGGAUGUACAUCACCUGGUUUUAUUGGUUCUGGAACGAUCUCCCAUUCGUCACCAUCCACCUGCCCUUCCUGCUCAACAGUCUGGCUCUCUUCUACAACUUCGGCAAGUCUUGGAAGUCCGACCCUGGUAUCAUCAAAGCGUCCGAGGAGCAGAAGAAAAAGACUAUAGUUGAAUUGGCAGAAACAGGCUGUCUCGAUCUCAGCAUAUUCUGCAGCACCUGUUUGAUACGCAAGCCAAUCAGAUCGAAACACUGCGCCGUUUGCAAUCGAUGCAUCGCCAAAUUUGAUCACCACUGCCCGUGGGUCGGCAACUGCGUAGGAAGUGGAAACCACCGUUACUUUAUGGGCUACUUGUUCUUCCUGUUGUGUAUGAUCUGUUGGAUGAUAUACGGAUGCAUUUGCUACUGGAGGAUUCACUGUGCUACCAGCUACACUAAAGAUGGCUUUUGGAUCUACAUCACACAGAUCGCCACCUGCUCGCCGUGGAUGUUCUGGAUGUUCCUCAACAGUGUGUUUCACUUCAUGUGGGUCGCUGUGCUCAUCAUGUGCCAGCUCUACCAGAUCGCUGUUCUGGGCAUCACUACAAACGAGCGCAUGAACGCCAGAAGAUAUAAGCACUUUAAAGUUACAGCCACAUCCAUCGAGAGCCCUUUCAAUCACGGCUGUAUGAGGAACCUCAUAGAUUUCUUCGAGCUGCGCUGCUGCGGUUUGCUGCGGCCCGUGGUGGUAGACUGGACCUCGCAGUACACAAUAGAGUACGACCAGACGUCCGGCUCAGGAUACCAGCUGGUGUAGCGUGGCGAAGGAGCGACAGAGCGUGAGAGAAGACGGAGCGAGAGGGAGAAGAGGGGAGAGGUUUUCCUGAAGUGCUGCUCAACCGGGACCAUCUCCUUCACCGAGACUGCAAACCUCACCCAGUCAGGAUAACGCAUGCUGUCAUUGGUUACCGUCACCGACUCCACCCGCCCACUGCACCCCGAGACGCAGGGACACGAGGAACAGGAAGAGGAGGAGUUUAAACACAUCAGCGGCGGAUUGAUUGCUCAGCAGAGACGUUCGUGGUUUGUUUCGCACAUCGACCGCUUUUGGUUGCGUUCAUUUUACUUUGGUUUUCUUCCUGUGACCCCUUUUUUGUUGCUUUUAAAAAGAUAUCGGAUCUUCGUUGUGCGCAAGUCCCGGUUUAACCUGGAACUUUGUGUAGGAAUGACAAUUAGCAUAGCAAAAGCAUCAGCCGCUGAGGCGUUUGUGGUUUUAAGGAAUCGUUCUGGCCAAAAUUAGACUUUUAUUAUUAUUUAUUCAUCCUCGUGUCGCAUCAAACCCGAAUGACUGACUUUCUUGCGUUGAACUCAAAAAGAGAUAUUUAGUAGAAUGUUCCAGCUGCUCUUUUCCAUGCAUUUUUUUUUUAUUUCUAUGCAGAAAGUAAUACGCAUACGUGUUUAUUAAUACGACAUAAUGAUUUGUAAAUAACAGAACGUUUCAUUUUUUGGCGAACGAUUCCUUUAAGCUGUCUCGAUUCGUCUGAUCGCGAAUCAGAUCAAAAACAGGCAUCAUAUAGACACACAUUCAUAUGACUAGAGCGAUGCCCUGUUUAAAAUAAUGUGACUUAACAUAUUUAUUUUAACCUAUUUAUGUAGUAUUUUUCAAAGAGUAACUAUGGUAUCAUGAGGUAAUUUUACAUGUCUUCAUUUCAGCAUAUAUGUACAUUUGCAGCAUGUUUAAUAGUUUAGGUGGGGUGGAUCCUACAAAACGUGUCAAGAUGAUGAAGCUAGGUCAUAUUUCACCCCAAAAUCAAAAGAAAACAAUAUUUGCAUUGCAUUGCAUUAUUGUUUUCACAUUUUCCCCAUAAUUCUCAUUACCAUAAUGCACAAAAACCUCAUCAUCACUGUAUUUAAAUAUUGUAGUAUUUAUUUUAUACUGCAUUUAAAUUAUGCUUUUAUUUAAUGAUUGUAUUACAGCCUUUGUUUACUGUAAAAUAAAAUAAAAAAUACUGUAUUGCAAUGAGAAUUACAACAAAAACGGCUAAACGCAUUAUGGUAAUGAGCACUGGAAAAGAAAUGUGCUAAAUUAUAUAUAUAUAUAUAUAUAUAUAUAUAUAUAUAUAACAUUAAAUAAUUACAAAAUACAUUUUAAAAUAUUUUUCUUUAUUUUAGAACAUUUAAUGUUAUAUAUACGUAUAUGUAUGUUUGUGUAUAUAUAUAUAUAUAUAUAUAUAUAUAUAUAUAUAAUGUAUUUGAAAACUUAUUUUAUAAUUAUUUAAUGUUAUAUAUCUAAAUAUAAUGAAAUAAUUAUAAAAUAAAGAAAAAUAUAUAUUUAUUUAUUUUACAAUUAUUUCAUUUUAAUUACAUAUAUAAUGAAAUAAUUAUAAAAUACAUUAAAAUAUACAUAUAUAAUUACAUAAUUACAAAAUAAAAUUUUAUAUAUAUAAUUUUAUUAAUUAAUUAAUAAAUAUACUUUUUUUUUUUUUUUUUUUUUUUUUUUUUAGAUUUUAGGUUGAAAUACAACCUGGACACGUUCUUGGCACGUUUAAGAGAUUAAUCCAGGUGCCCUCUGAAUUUACAAGAAAUAACACGCUCGUAUGUGAACCUCUAUAUUUAUUAUGUAUGUGUAGUUUUAGAAAGCGUAUACAUUUAAAGUUGAAAUGCUGUUGAAAAGCCAUUAAGUGGACCUGAUAGCUGUAUGAACUUAAAGGAAGAUGCCGUUUAACACGCCAGAGGGGCUCCUUCCGUCUUUGACCUUUUUUUUGUUUUGUUUUGUUUUUGUGGCAGCGACAUUAUUCGUCUGCCUACAAUGCACUGAUGUCUUUUCGUUUCGUUCGUCGUUACUGAAGAAACAAGCUCGUUUCCCCAGCGUCGCCGUGGGAUCUUCAUGUUUACGUAAGAAGAGGAAGCUCCUCCCCCUUUUGCUCUCCUCCAUUUCCUCUUCCUGUUGGUGCGGCGGAUGACAGGAUGAACUGAUGUAAAGAAUGUGCAUCUGUACAUAAACGAACUAGAUUCAUUAUUCUGUGAGUGACUUUCGUUCAGUUUUUUUUUAUUAUUAUUAUUUUCGUCUGUGUUAGGUGAAGCUGCUCCUGAUUUUUUUUAUCUUACCAAAAAGCGAAAACGAUGACAAAAAAAAAAAAUCCACUAUUAUCCAAGUGUAUGACUGUAGCUUUUAGUGGCGUCUGGCACUGCUG